GAGGGCAGCUGUGACGUAACCAAAAUCAAUAUGGCGUUGGUGGAGUCUGCUACGUGGAACCGGAACUGUCUUCAAUUUUUACGGAAAAUGGCUAAACCAAGGACUUUUUAGCCACGAUGUCGUAACUAGAAGAAAACCAAGUACUUCCUGAUCUUCCUUAGUGGACGAUGUAUGGUGGAACGGCAGGAUGGGCGACGCCGGGGCUGGAACUCGGCGUCUUUGUGUGCGUCAUUUUCCUACUAGCUGUUCAAGUGGACAAAGCGGCCGGUGUGCAAGUCAUGACUUCCAAGGAGAAACUGGAGGCCAAGAAACAAGUUUUAGAAAUGUUCGACCACGCCUACAGUUCCUACCUGACUUACGCCUACCCUGCGGACGAGCUGAUGCCGCUCAGCUGCAAGGGACGGGUGCGGGGUGUCGACCCAAGCCGCGGGGAUGUGGACGACAUUCUGGGAGGUUACUCUUUGACCCUUAUAGACACACUAGACACACUCGCUGUACUAGGACAUUUAGAUAAGUUUGAAGACGCCGUUAAGAUGAUAAUCUUGCAAGUCAGCCUGGACAACGACGUCGUUGUGUCGGUGUUUGAGACCAAUAUUCGAGUUCUAGGGGGACUUCUUGGAGGGCAUGUUGUGGCCAGUCUUCUCAGGGACCAAGGUGAGCGUAUGCAGUGGUAUCGGGACGAACUGCUUACACUAGCGAAGGAUUGCGGCUAUCGACUGCUUCCUGCCUUCAACACUACCACGGGCAUGCCGUACCCUCGCGUGAACCUACGCCACGGGAUCGUCAAGGGACGGUCUCGCACAGGUACGGAGACGGACACCUGCACGGCUUGUGCUGGCACCAUGAUUCUGGAAUUCGCUGCCCUUUCUCGCUUGACGGGCGACCCAAUUUUUGAAGAUAAGGCCCGCAAGGCCAUGCAGUUCUUGUGGGAGCGCCGACAACGGUCCAGUGACCUGGUAGGAACCGUUAUCAACAUUCACACAGGAGACUGGGUCCGUCGGGAAUCCGGGGUGGGGGCGGGGAUAGACUCCUACUACGAGUACCUGUUCAAGGCCUACAUGUUACUGGGGGACGCGGCAUUCCUGGAGAGAUUCAACACACACUACGCUGCUGUAAUGCGAUACAUUAGCCAAGGCCCAUUGCUGCUGGAUGUGCACAUGCACAAGCCAAACGUCGUCUCGCGGAACUUCAUGGACUCCCUCCUGGCAUUCUGGCCAGGCCUGCAAGUCCUGACGGGCGACAUCAAACCCGCCAUCGAGACACACGAGAUGCUGUACCAAGUCUUACAGAGGCACAGUUUCCUACCCGAAGCAUUCACCACUGACUUUAAAGUACACUGGCCACAACAUCCUCUCAGACCAGAGCUCGUAGAAAGUACGUACUUCCUAUACAAAGCAACAAACGAUCCUUACUACCUCGGGGUGGGAAGGACCAUCAUGGAGAACAUCCAGCGCCAUGCUCGGGUUCCCUGUGGGUUUGCAGGCUUGAAAGAUGUAAGGACAGGAAGUCACGAGGACAGAAUGGAUUCCUACUUCCUUGCAGAAACAUUCAAAUACCUGUACCUGCUCUUCACAGAGGAGGAAGACCUGUGGUUGGAUCUUGACGAUUACGUGUUUACGACCGAAGCACACUUGCUUCCCCUCCGGCUCGCAACCUCGUUUGUGAACACCUCGCAGAGCGACUCUCCGACCGUUACCGUGACAACUUUUCCCACCGCGUCCGACCGCAAGUACCAACAGUCGUGUCCCAAUGUCAACUACCUCUUCCCCGGGCACAAGACAUAUGCGAAGACUAUACGACAUCCACUGAAAGACUUUGUAGAGCAACGAUGCCCCCAGCCGACCUCUGCAAGACCAAGGGAGAAGAUACAAGCGAGCAGGAAACCGGCUCUGCGGGCUCGUGAUUUUAUCGCUGAUAAUCCGGAGCACAUCCAGGCCUUGCGUAAGAUGGGGAUACGACUGGUUACAAUGCAGGAUGGUCGCGUGCAACUCCUCCACACGUCCACACAGGCCUUCUCCCCAGAUGACGCGGAGGAAGGCAUGCGCUUCAUGCAGGAGAUGAUCGAGUUGUCCAAAACGCAGGGGGAGAGCGAUCUACAGCCACGCGUCGUACAGCUCACAUCUCCGCCUUUCUUGGGCAGCGUAGUGCUGACAGCAGGACCGGCACAGUUCGGACCAGACUUGGUCGGCACCCCGGGCGUUUCCGGCACCGUCGUGAUCGGAGAAUCCAUCAAAGGGUGCACUGACCUGACAAACGCAGCUCAAGUUCGCGACAAGAUUGUCCUCAUGGAGCGGGGCAGCUGCAUGUUUAUCGAGAAGGCACGCCGGGCGCAGGAUGCAGGCGCGGCCGCGGCCAUCGUGAUCGACAACACCCAGGGCACGAGCAGCGACACCGCACCUGUUUUUGCCAUGUCAGGGGAUGGCGUGAAAGACGUAUACAUCCCAAGUGUCUUCUUGUUUCAAAAGGAAGGCAACCUUCUGCUGGAAGCCAUCAGAGACCAUGGCACGGUAGAAGUCCUACUUGUGGACAAGGCUCAACCCCCAGAGAAAAUCAUUCGCAAACAUGCAGAGGAGGAAGAAGCGAGACUCCAAGAGAUGGACAUCAAUGUCGAACUGAAGGUCAAAGAUGAACUAUGAUUUAGGACUUGUAAACAGUGUCAUCUAAUGUCACAAUCAGUGCAAUGAGUGCUAAUGAUUCAGGCAGUGCAAAACACAGUAUAUCCUUGUUUGUGGUGGUAAAUAUUUGGUGAGAACUAGUGCAACAUUUCUUCCAUUAAUUGGUACAAAUUCUUCAGGUAUGAUUAGAAAUCAGUGUUGGAAACAUGUUAGAAAUGAUAAUCACAUGUGUGGUGUCUUUCCUGAUACAGUAUUCUUUCUCAAGAAGUAGAGGAAUUACUGCUGUUUAUUUAGAGCGAAAUGAAAAUGCAAUGACAACUCUACUUUUGACAUUUUUGUGGCACAAGAAUUCUGUGUAUAUUUUCCCAUAAUGAGGCAAAAUGACUCAGUCCAAUGGUUCCCCACAUGUUCUAAAAUUUUCAUAACAGUAUAGCUAAAGAACAAGUCAGGGUGUAUUUAAUUUCAUCAAGUAUCAUUCGGGUUAGAUGAUACAUUGUACUACUACUAGUAUGCAGUAAUGUUAAUGAUACAUACAAGACUUGAAAUUGACAGGAUGGAUUUAAGUCUUACCAAGCUUAUCUUUUAUUGCGAUAAUUUGAAGACACAAAAAAAAGACCAGUGAAACAUCCUCAACAUUUCACUGCCAUAGAAUUUCUCUAUUGACCCAGAUAUGUGAUAUUAUUGUAAUUAGUGCACAGACUACAGAAGUUCAAAAUUUCUUUUGUUGGAAUUGAAAUCCAGUGAGUUUGGUUAGUAAAGAUACUGUUUGUCAGAAAUUAAUAUUCACCCAUCCCUUUUAUUAAAUAGUUUGUGCUGUCAUUUGUAUAUUUACUUUUUCCUGAAAUGAAAAGUAUUCAGACAGUAUAAUUCGUACACAGUCAAUGAUUCAGGAUAUGUAGAAAUGUUGUGUCAUAAAAAGAUUGUGAAGAAUUGAAAAUGUUGUGAAGAGGGAAUGCUUUGUGUUUUACCACUAUUUCUGAGGUAUAGUUUCCAUAGUUGAAACAGAUUUAUGUAUAAAUACUGUUAUACCUGUAUGUUGGGGCCCAUAGUCAGUAAAGGAACAUUGUCAUAUAUAAUUAUAAUUCCCUAACUUUUGUUUUUGUCAUAUCACAGUCAUGCAUAUAAUUGUAAAAUGCAAUAGCGGUUGGAUGUCAAGUUGAAGUUACAGUGAUACAAAUGUUGACAACUACAUGUUGAAAAUACCAGUAACACAGUACUUGUAUAUACUAUAUGAAUAAAAGGUACAAAAUUUC